AUGUAUAUGGCCAAACUCGCGGCAGCCAAAGAGUUCGCCUAUAUGAAGGCUUUAAAGGAUGAAGGAUUUCCUGUACCAAGCCCAAUCGAUCAGAACCGGCACGUGGUUGUGAUGUCCUUCGCAAGGAUGCUCAGAGCGUUGCGAAUCCCACAGCAGAGUCGGUUUGUUGAACAAUCUCCUUGA